GUUAUUAGGCCGUACCAUAAGUCUAAACAUAACCACAACGGUACAACCACAUCUCCCGUCUAGCUUAGAGUCUCCACUCUCUCAGUCCCUAAACACUCCACCUCCAGCAUAUCACCUCCUUGCUAUGGCGCCGAUAACUCAAGCCUCAGACGAAACCAACCACCAAGCCCUCCUCGACCAGCUCGACCUCUACGCCAUCCGCAAGCCCUUCCGCAACCCGAACUGGAAACCACCACAGCGGCGCAACAAGAACGUCAAGCAGAUCCUCUCCGAAGCGUCACGCAAAGAAGCCUCGGUGCUCGCAACACAGAACAACAGCGGAAGCUCGACUCCAGCUGCCGCCAGCACCGGCGGCGUUGCGACGCCCGCAGCAGCAGCCGCAAACGGCUCACAUCUCAACCCCAACAUCGCGCAGGCAGCACAGCAUCUGGAUAGGCUGGUGCUGGAGAAGAACCAGAGGGCAGCAACGGGUGGGAACGGUGGUGGUCCUGCAGUCACGUACACGAAUGUGGAGAGCGCGCCGAGCUUGCAUCCGAGUAGUCAGCGGCAUUACUGCGACGUGACGGGGCUGCCGGCGCCGUAUACAGAUCCGAAGUCUCGGCUGCGGUAUCAUAAUGUGGAGGUGUAUGGUUUGUUGAGGACAAUGGCCCAGGGAAGCUCGGAGCAGUAUCUUGCGGCGAGAGGAGCGCACACGGUGCUAAAGUGAGCGGGAGCGCGGCAUUCACUGGCAGUUUUGUUGGAGAUCACGGCGUUCAAAAGGAGGGCGCAUGUCAUUUUUGUCUACGACCAUCUAUUGGGAAUGAAAAGAUAGGGCGUUCAUGCUGCUCAAGCGUGUCCGACAUGUGUGACCAACCAAGUCAAGCCCAA